UUAUAUGAUUUCUAUCACCAGACUUCUUUUGGGACUGGAUACCAUACCAGGAUCGGGGUUUCUUUGUUCUAUGAAAAUCACUGAAGAUGACUUGUGGAUCAGAACGUAUGCUAGACUCUACCAGAAGUUGUGUUCUUCUACUGGAGAUGUUCCCAUUGGGAUCUACAGAACGGAAUCUCAGAAACUAACAACAUCUGAGUCUCAAAUAUCCAUCAGUGUAGAAGAGUGGGAAGACACCAAAGAUGUCAAAGACCCAGGCCACCACCGAAGCAUUCACCGCAACUCAACCUCUAGUGACCAGUCAGACCACCCCUUGCUGCGGAGGAAGAGCAUGCAGUGGGCCCGAAGGCUGAGCAGAAAAGGGCCAAAGCACUCCAGCAAAACUGCGGAAAAAAUAACGCAGCAGCGACUGAACCUCUACCGGAGGUCCGAGAGACAGGAGCUUGCUGAGCUCGUGAAAAACAGAAUGAAACACCUGGGCCUCUCUACAGUGGGCUACGAUGAAAUGAAUGAUCAUCAGAGCACCCUUUCCUAUAUCCUGAUUAAUCCAUCACCAGACACCAGGCUUGAGCUGAAUGAUGUUGUAUAUUUGAUCCGACCAGAUCCAUUGUCCUACCUUCCAAACAGUGAACCCAGUAGAAAAAACAGCAUCUGCAAUGCCACUGUUCAAGAUUCUCGGGAGGAAACUCAACUCUGAUGAAAAGAAAAUAAGAGACAUUAUAUAUCUUACAGGGAUCUUGCUUAAAAUCAUUAUAAUGUUGCAGAUAGUCCUAAGAGCCUGACUGGAAU